AUGGAUAUCUCUGCUCCACAGCUCAGCUACAGCACUCAGUGCCACUGGAACUACCCCAGUUCUGAUUCUGAGUUCUACAGCGUUUCUUCACCAGGGACUAUCUCCCCGUCUUCAUCCACUGACUUUCCCUUUUCUCCACCGUGCCACCAGCACUACACAGCCACUCUCAGGCCUGACACCGGCUAUUCCAACACAGUCCAGGCUUCUAGAUCUCCCUCCUCUUCCGAGGAUGGGCUGCUCUCAGUUCAGAAGCUGAGGAAGAACCCCAGCAAGCAGAGACAGAGCGCCAGCGAGAAAGAGAAGCUGAGGAUGAGGGACCUGGCCAAAGCUCUUCACCAUCUGAGGACCUACCUGCCCCCUUCCGUGGCUCCGGCGGGACAGACCCUGACCAAAAUCCAGACCCUUCGCCUGACCAUCCGCUACAUCUCUCACCUGUCCGAGCAGCUGGAGCUGAGCGAGGAGGCCCCGUCCCAGAGAAGAGGGGCUGACGUCACAAGGUGCCCCGCUUUACCAGAGGAGCUGUUGUGCUACCAGUCCAGCGCUGUGCCAGAGGGUUCAUUGCAAGAAGAGGGAACGAAGUACUGCCAGUACAGCUCCAUACCAGCGUGCUCACAGCAGGAUGAGGGAAUGGGAUACUGCCAGUACAGCUCCAUGCCAGCGUGCUCACAGCAGGAUGAGGUCCUGGACUCCAGCACAGAGUCACUGCUACAGUCCCCACAGUUUCCAGAUGCAACACAGUCAUGCCAGAUGUACACUGAAGACUUCAACAGUCAAGUCCUCCCACAGGAGUUCUGGAGUUAG